CGCCACUACUAGACUCAACCUAGAAUCUAGACGCCUGUUCGAAAUGAAAGUAUAAGACCAGGAAAUAGUGAUCAUCGAUGUGAUCAAACCUCUCUGGGUGCAGUGAACGCUUUGACACAGAGACUGGAGACCUGUCCAGGGUGUACCCCGCCUCUCACCUGAUGACAGCUGGAUGGGCUCAAGCUAUCCUGCAACACUAGUGAGGAUAAGUGGUUACAUAGGAUGAGAUAUGUAAUUUCCCCAUGGAGGUACUGAACAGCUGUUUAUCGUCAGUGGAGAUGUUGAGACUCAUGUGUGCUGUGAUACCCAGAUAAUCUGUGUUAUCCACUUCAUCUGUAAGCGUGACCACUCUGUCAAAAUGUUAUGGUUGAUCCAAGAAUACACACAUCCCAUACAAUAUUUGCCAUUUUGUAUCCUGCAUAAUUUGUAAAAAAGGAGGUAAACAGUAGUACCUAUAGUUAGAAUGUCAGACAUUUUUAUACUACCUCAAAACCACUGAUGCAGCCAGGCGUUUUACCUGCGCUGCAGAUAUAUGUGAACUGUGGGGAUAAAUCUGCCUGUAAGAGACAUGGGAUGUGUUUAUCUUUAAAUCGAUAAACAGACAGAAGUCAGGACACAUGGCUUGUACCACACAGUCUGCGUUAGAUUAUGUCAGGAGUGCCAGAACCCACCUUGUGGGAGAGUUAAAGAAUCUCUCUGUGAUUUUGGAGAACUUGUAUCAGAAAGGAGUCCUCACUGAUGAAGAAGUCAGCAAAAUACGAGCAGAGAGGGAUGAUUAUGAUAAAACCAGAAAAAUACUGGACUCAGUCACAAAUAAAGGGGAAGCAGCCUGCUACGAGUUUCUCAGGAUCAUUGACACAACGAGGAAGAGGACCUUAGAGAGGCAACCUCUUCCCUCUAAGAACAAGAGUGAUGCUUCCACUGAGGCCAGGAAGUUUGACCUGCAUCACUGGAUCAGUUGCUUUUCUUUCAAGGAGGACCCGCAAGUGGAUUUAACCUACUUACAAGGACCAAAGUCAUGCCACAAAUACCAGGCCAAGCUAAAGUCUAAAGCACGGAAGUUAUCAAAUGAGUUUUGGAAGGCAAGUAAAAAUCUGUUUGAAGACAAGAAGCCGGAUCUGUCGUACACUUCACUUGUGUUAGAUACACAAGACAAUGUUUCUCCAUCUAAAAUAAAGAAACUUAAGAGAAAGAAAGGCCAAAUGAUUCGUCCUAAAAAGCUCAGGACAUACAUCCCUGAGGACAAAACAGAAAUUUCCCCCAGUGACUUGCUGAAAACAUAUAAGAACAUAGUCUUGGUUGGGAAGCCUGGAAUCGGAAAGACAGCUCUCACUCAUGAAAUGCUGAGACUCUGGGCAGAAAGAGACAACAAGGAGUUAGACUACAUGUUUUACUUUGAUAUGAGAGAAACAUCCAACAUCACAGCAGCCAGGAGUUUAGAGGAGCUUCUUUUCAAUGUGUCCAUUGGACCAGAAGAAGGGGCUGAUGAGGUCUUAGAUGAUAUAAAGAAGAACUCUGAAAAUGUGACAAUCAUUUUGGAUGGAAUCACAGAUCUCUGUUCAUCAGUGGUGAAGAGCCUUGUAGAGAAAGACCUUCUACCUGAUGCAAAGAUCAUCAUAACAUGCAGACCAGCUGACGAGGAUGACUUCUUUUAUGGAGACUGUGUCAGAGUGGAGGUGAAAGGCUUUAGUGAGCAGACCAUCAGAUCAUACUUAUCUGCAGCACUCGGUAAUGAACAAGAGAAGGUUUUGACCAACCUGGAGUUGGUGACUCUUUGCCAUGUCCCAGUGUAUGCACUGAUGGUGGCUGCCUGCUUCUCAUCAGGAGGCUCUCCACAGCCGUGCACUGAGACAGAAAUCUACAUCAAUAUUGUUCGUCACUGUCUUCAGAUAAACAGCAACAAAACAAAGAACAAAGAUCUCAACUCCUUCAUCAGCACCAAGAAGAACGAAAUACUGUCUUUGGCUGAGGUCGCUUUUGUUGCCACUCGAGGAAAAACUGUGAACCUGACUGAAGUGUCCUGUGAAGACAGCUGUGUCCUUUCCUUCCUGAAACCACUUGUUAUCAAAGCCGCCUGUACUGAAACAGAAACGAUAUACGCCUUUCUACAUUACACAGUGCAGGAGUUUUUUGCAGCUCUGUGGCUGUUGAAGAAUCCUGAUCGAAUCAGAGAUGUGUUAAAGCAGUGUCUCACUGAGGAGAUGAGACACAUGAAACAUCUGAUCCCUUUCAUGUGUCGAUUGUUGAGUGAGAGGAAACCUACUUUGAUGAGGCUUCUGAUUCCAGCUGAUGAUCUCAAAAAUACAUCUGACUGGUUCUUAAAGGAGGUGAUAACUACAUUUUCUCCUGGUCUAAAGAAGCAAGGUGUGGAUGACUCUGAGGACAGUGGGCUCAAUGUCGACAUACUGUUCUUAUGUCAGUGCUUGUAUGAGUCCCAGAGUCCUGAAGAUUGCAUCUACCUUCUGGACAGACUGGACUACCAGCUUGACCUCAGUGAAGAGAGUCUGGACUGUUCCCCUUGCUGUGCUCUGGCCUAUGUGCUCAGUCAGUGUAAGGAAAGGAAAGCAUGGCUGAACCUAGAGGAUGCAACGAUAUCAGAGCAAGGAAUGAGACAACUGUUUGGAUGUCUGGAAAAUGUCCAAUGGUGUGACCCUCUGCCACAGCAGCUGUGGAAGAUUUUCCUUCUCAGUGACAGACAGAUGGACUAUGUGACCUUGCUUAGUAUAGAUGGAAAUCAGCUACACCUUCCAGUUGAGGGUAAAAGACGUCUGUUUGACAGAGCUGUUGAAGUCAUGCAGAGAAUGACUAAGAAGGUGAAUGUCUGUCUGUACGGGGACAGAGUGACUUCUGUCUGCCAGAACCUGUGUGAGUCCCUCUUACAGGCACUACCAUACAUCAGCUCGCUCAGCUUCAGGAAGUCUGACAGAAAUCCAGAUUUAUGGAGUCAGUCGGAGCAAUCAGCACUGGAGAGAGAUCAGAAGAGGCUGUUACUGGAUUUAUGUGUCAGAGCAGCACUACACAAUGAACACAACUGUGACAGUGUAGUGAAUAUGCUCCUCUCAUUGUUUCCUGAUAAAACUGACAUAAAUAACCUCCUUCUCUAUUUGUACCAACAUGUCAAGAGUGAAGGGUUUUUAAAUGUCAUACCAAAACUGAGGUCAGUUUUCCAGUCUCCUACAGUCUGGUUCAUAAACCUCUCAGAGAGAAAGACCUCCAUCCUCCUGGAAGUGAUGAAACUCCAAUCAGAAAAGAAACCAGUGGAGCUGAGAGGCUGCUCACAUGAAGAGAGUGAAGUGAGGAGUUUCCUGCAGUGUCUGCCUUAUAUCUCACAGCUCAGGUUUGAUCCUCAGAGUUCAGAUCUUCAUCAACAAACCAGGUUCUUGAUGAAUCUGUUCUGUGCAGCAGCAGAGAGAGAAAAUCAGACAGGAGAGAAGAUAGUGGAGCUGUUAUCAUCAGUCUGCACAUAUCAAACAUUCCCUUUAGAGGACAGAUACAUGAGUGAUGACGAUAAGAAAUAUCGUAGUAACUUCCUGCUGGAUCUGUUUUCCCAUGUGAAGGACUAUGAGACUGAAACAGGUCUGAGACUCCUUCCAUCAUUACAGUCAGUUUUCCAGUCUCCUACAGUCUGGUUGAUAGACCUCUCAGAGAGAAAGACCUCCAUCCUCCUGGAAGUGAUGAAACUCCAAUCAAAGAAGAAACCAGUGGAGCUGAUAGGCUGCUCACAUGGAGAGAGUGAAGUGAGGAGUUUCCUGCAGUGUCUGCCUUAUAUCUCACAGCUCAGGUUUCAUCCUCAGAGAUCAGAACUUCAUCAACAAACCAGGUUCUUGAUGAAUCUGUUCUGUGCAGCAGCAGAGAGAGAAAAUCAGACAGGAGAGAAGAUAGUGGAGCUGUUAUCAUCAGUCUGCACAUAUCAAACAUUCCCUUUAGAUGACAGAUACAUGAGUGAUGACGAUAAGAAAUAUCGUAGUAACUUCCUGCUGGAUCUGUGCUCCCAUGUGAAGGACUAUGAGACUGAAACAGGUCUGAGACUCCUUCCAUCAUUACAGUCAGUUUUCCAGUCUCCUACAGUCUGGUUGAUAGACCCCUCAGAGAGAAAGACCUCCAUCCUCCUGGAAGUGAUGAAACUCCAAUCAGAGAAGAAACCAGUGUUGCUGAGAGGCUGCUCACGUGGAGAGAGUGAAGUGAGGAGUUUCCUGCAGUGUCUGCCUUAUAUCUCACAGCUCAGGUUUAAUCCUUGGAGUUCAGAUCGUCAUCAACAAACCAGGUUCUUGAUGAAUCUGUUCUGUGCAGCAGCAGAGAGAGAAAAUCAGACAGGAGAGAAGAUAGUGGAGCUGUUAUCAUCAGUCUGCACAUAUCAAACAUUCCCUCUAGAUGAGAGAUACAUGUAUGAGGACAAGAAUAAAUAUCAGAGUGACUUCCUGCUGGAUCUGUGCUCCCAUGUGAAGGACUAUGAGACUAAAACAGGUCUGAGACUCCCUCCAUCAUUCCAGUCAGUUUUCCAGUCUCCUACAGUCUGGUUGAUAGACCCCUCAGAGAGAAAGACCUCCAUCCUCCUGGAAGUGAUGAAACUCCAAUCAGAGAAGAAACCAGUGGAGCUGAGAGGCUGCUCACAUGGAGAGAGUGAAGUGAGGAGUUUCCUGCAGUGUCUGCCUUAUAUCUCACAGCUCAGGUUUAAUCCUCGGAGAUCAGAACUUCAUCAACAAACCAGGUUCUUGAUGAAUCUGUUCUGUGCAGCAUCAGAGAGAGAAAAUCAGACAGGAGAGAAGAUAGUGGAACUGUUAUCAUCAGUCUGCACAUAUCAAACAUUCCCUUUAAAGGACGGAAACAUGAGUGAUGACAAUAAGAAAUAUCGUAAUGACUUCCUGCUGGAUCUGUGCUCCCAUGUGAAGGACUAUGAGACUAAAACAGGUCUGAGACUCCUUCCAUCAUUCCAGUCAGUUUUCCAGUCUCCUACAGUCUGGUCCAUAGACCUCUCAGAGAGAAAGACCUCCAUCCUCCUGGAAGUGAUGAAACUCCAAUCAGAGAAGAAACCAGUGGAGCUGAGAGGCUGCUCACAUGAAGAGAGUGAAGUGAGGAGUUUCCUGCAGUGUCUGCCUUAUAUCUCACAGCUCAGGUUUGAUCCUCAGAGUUCAGAUCUUCAUCAACGAACCUGGUUCUUGAUGAAUCUGUUCUGUGCAGCAGCAGAGAGAGAAAAUCAGACAGGAGAGGAGAUAGUGGAGCUGUUAUCAUCAGUCUGCACAUAUCAAACAUUCCCUUUAAAUGACGAUGACAUGGAUGAUGAUUAUCGUAGUAACUUCCUGCUGGAUCUGUUCUCCCAUGUGAAGGACUAUGAGACUAAAACAGGUCUGAGACUCCUUCCAUCAUUACAGUCAGUUUUCCAGUCUCCUACAGUCUGGUCCAUAAACCUCUCAGAGAGAAAGACCUCCAUCCUCCUGGAAGUGAUGAAACUCCAAUCAGGGAAGAAACCAGUGAAGCUGAGAGGCUGCUCACAUGGAGAGAGUGAAGUGAGGAGUUUCCUGCAGUGUCUGCCUUAUAUCUCACAGCUCAGGUUCUAUCGUCAGAGUUUAUAUCUUCAUGAAGAAACCAGGUUCUUGAUGAAUCUGUUCUGUGCAGCAGCAGAGAGAGAAAAUCAGACAGGAGAGAAGAUAGUGGAGCUGUUAUCAUCAGUGUUAAACAGAAAUGAAUUCCCUCUUAAUUACAUAUACAUGGAUUAUAAAUCUCAUGGUGACUUCCUGCUGGAUCUGUUCUCCCAUGUGAAGGACUAUGAGACUAAAACAGGUCUGAGACUCCUUCCAUCAUUACAGUCAGUUUUCCAGUCUCCUACAGUCUGGUUGAUAGACCUCUCAGAGAGAAAGACCUCCAUCCUCCUGGAAGUGAUGAAACUCCAAUCAGAGAAGAACCCAGUGGAGCUGAGAGGCUGCUCACAUGGAGAGAGUGAAGUGAGGAGUUUCCUGCAGUGUCUGCCUUAUAUCUCACAGCUCAGGUUUUUUCCUUGGUGUUCAGAUCUUCAUCAACAAACCAGGUUCUUGUUGAAUCUGUUCUGUGCAGCAGCAGAGAGAGAAAAUCAGACAAAAGAGAAGAUAGUGGAGCUGUUAUCAUCAGUCUGCACAUAUCAAACAUUCCCUUUAGAUGAGAGAUACAUGAGUGAUGACGAUAAGAAAUAUCGUAAUGACUUCCUGCUGGAUCUGUGCUCCCAUGUGAAGGACUAUGAGACUGAAACAGGUCUGAGACUCCUUCCAUCAUUACAGUCAGUUUUCCAGUCUCCUACAGUCUGGUCCAUAGACCUCUCAGAGAGAAAGACCUCCAUCCUCCUGGAAGUGAUGAAACUCCAAUCAGAGAAGAAACCAGUGGAGCUGAGAGGCUGCUCACAUGGAGAGAGUGAAGUGAGGAGUUUCCUGCAGUGUCUGCCUUAUAUCUCACAGCUCAGGUUUGAUCCUCAGAGUUCAGAUCAUAAACAAGAAAUCUCUUUCUUUGGGAAUCUGUUCUGUGCAGCAGCAGAGAGAGAAAAUCAGACAGGAGAGGAGAUAGUGGAGCUGUUAUCAUCAGUCUGCACAGAUGGAACUUUCCCUUUAAAUGACGAUGACAUGGAUGAUGAAUAUCGUAGUAACUUCCUGCUGGAUCUGUUCUCCCAUGUGAAGGACUAUGAGACUGAAACAGGUCUGAGACUCCUUCCAUCAUUCCAGUCAGUUUUCCAGUCUCCUACAGUCUGGUACAUAGACCUCUCAGAGAGAAAGACCUCCAUCCUCCUGGAAGUGAUGAAACUCCAAUCAGAGAAGAAACCAGUGGAGCUGAGAGGCUGCUCACAUGGAGAGAGUGAAGUGAGGAGUUUCCUGCAGUGUCUGCCUUAUAUCUCACAGCUCAGGUUUGAUCCUUGGAGGUCAGAUCUUCAUCAAAAAACCAGGUUCUUAAUGAAUCUGUUCUGUGCAGCAGCAGAGAGAGAAAAUCAGACAGGAGAGAAGAUAGUGGAGCUGUUAUCAUCAGUCUGCACAUAUCAAACAUUCCCUUUAGAUGAAGAUUAUAUGGAUGAUGACAAUCUAAUGUAUCGUAGUGACUUCCUGCUGGAUCUGUUCUCCCAUGUGAAGGACUAUGAGACUAAAACAGGUCUGAGACUCCUUCCAUCAUUCCAGUCAGUUUUCCAGUCUCCUACAGUCUGGUCCAUAGACCUCUCAGAGAGAAAGACCUCCAUCCUCCUGGAAGUGAUGAAACUCCAACCAGAGAAGAAACCAGUGGAGCUGAGAGGCUGCUCACAUGGAGAGAGUGAAGUGAGGAGUUUCCUGCAGUGUCUGCCUUAUAUCUCACAGCUCAGGUUCUAUCGUCAGAGUUUAUAUCUUCAUGAAGAAACCAGGUUCUUGAUGAAUCUGUUCUGUGCAGCAGCAGAGAGAGAAAAUCAGACAGGAGAGAAGAUAGUGGAGCUGUUAUCAUCAGUGUUAAACAGAAAUGAAUUCCCUCUUAAUUACAUAUACAUGGAUUAUAAAUCUCAUGGUGACUUCCUGCUGGAUCUGUUCUCCCAUGUGAAGGACUAUGAGACUAAAACAGGUCUGAGACUCCUUCCAUCAUUACAGUCAGUUUUCCAGUCUCCUACAGUCUGGUUCAUAGACCUCUCAGAGAGAAAGACCUCCAUCCUCCUGGAAGUGAUGAAACUCCAAUCAGAGAAGAAACCAGUGGAGCUGAGAGUCUGGUCACAUGGAGAGAGUGAAGUGAGGAGUUUCCUGCAGUGUCUGCCUUAUAUCUCACAGCUCAGGUUUGAUCCUCAGAGUUCAGAUCUUCAUCAACAAACCAGGUUCUUGAUGAAUCUGUUGUGUGCAGCAGCAGAGAGAGAAAAUCAGACAGGAGAGAAGAUAGUGGAGCUGUUAUCAUCAGUCUGCACAGAUAAAACAUUCCCUUUAGAUGAGAUAUACAUGAAUGAUAACUUCCUGCUGGAUCUGUUCUCCCAUGUGAAGGACUAUGAGACUGAAACAGGUCUGAGACUCCUUCCAUCAUUACAGUCAGUUUUCCAGUCUCCUACAGUCUGGUUCAUAGACCUCUCAGAGAGAAAGACCUCCAUCCUCCUGGAAGUGAUGAAACUCCAAUCAGAGAAGAAACCAGUGGAGCUGAUAGUCUGCUCACAUGAAGAGAGUGAAGUGAGGAGUUUCCUGCAGUGUCUGCCUUAUAUCUCACAGCUCAGUGACUUCCUGCUGGAUCUGUUCUCCCAUGUGAAGGACUAUGAGACUGAAACAGGUCUGAGACUCCUUCCAUCAUUACAGUCAGUUUUCCAGUUUGCUCCUACAGUCUGGUUCAUAGACCUCUCAAAGAGAAAGACCUCCAUCCUCCUGGAAGUGAUGAAACUCCAACCAGAGAAGAAACCAGUGGAGCUGAGAGGCUGCUCACAUGAAGAGAGUGAAGUGAGGAGUUUCCUGCAGUGUCUGCCUUAUAUCUCACAGCUCAGGUUUGUUCCUCAGAGUUCAGAUCUUCAUCAACAAACCAGGUUCUUGAUGAAUCUGUUCUGUGCAGCAGCAGAGAGAGAAAAUCAGACAGGAGAGAAGAUAGUGGAGCUGUUAUCAGUCUGCACAUAUCAAACAUUCCCUUUAGAGGACGGAUACAUGAGUGAUGACAAUAAGAAAUAUCAGAGUAACUUCCUGCUGGAUCUGUUCUCCCAUGUGAAGGACUAUGAGACUAAAACAGGUCUGAGACUCCUUCCAUCAUUACAGUCAGUUUUCCAGUUAGCUCCUACAGUCUGGUUCAUAGACCUCUCAGAGAAAAAGACCUCCAUCCUCCUGGAAGUGAUGAAACUCCAAUCAGAGAAGAAACCAGUGAAGCUGAGAGGCUGCUCACAUGGAGAGAGUGAAGUGAGGAGUUUCCUGCAGUGUCUGCCUUAUAUCUCACAGCUCAGUUUCAGGUUUGAUCCUUGGAGGUCAGAUCUUCAUCAACAAACCAGGUUCUUGUUGAAUCUGUUCUGUGCAGCAGCAGAGAGAGAAAAUCAGACAGGAGAGAAGAUAGUGGAGCUGUUAUCAUCAGUCUGCACAUAUCAAACAUUCCCUUUAGAUGAAGAUUAUAUGGAUGAUGAUGUUUACGACAGUGAUUUUAUUAAUAAAUAUCGUAGUAACUUCCUGCUGGAUCUGUGCUCCCAUGUGAAGGACUAUGAGACUAAAACAGGUCUGAGACUCCUUCCAUCAUUCCAGUCAGUUUUCCAGUCUCCUACAGUCUGGUCCAUAAACCUCUCAGAGAGAAAGACCUCCAUCCUCCUGGAAGUGAUGAAACUCCAACCAGAGAAGAAACCAGUGAAGCUGAGAGGCUGCUCACAUGGAGAGAGUGAAGUGAGGAGUUUCCUGCAGUGUCUGCCUUAUAUCUCACAGCUCAGUUGUCCUCCAGAGUUCUUCCAGUCUGUGUGUUCUUCCAUCUCUGUGAGGUCCAGAGAGGACGUCCAUCAGUUGUCGUCUCUGCUGCAGCUUCUUGGCUUCAACCUGAUCUUAACAGGAAAGUUACACAGGAAAACCUGUUGUUCUGUGGGGAGAGUUCUCCAUCUGUGUGGAUCUAAAGUGGAUCUCACCCUCACAGCCUUAAAGAUGUCAGUCAGAGGAGCCUCCAACCUCUUCAGAAGGACAACAUGUCUCCACAGCCUGAGACUUUCCAACAACGUGGCCUUGGUGCUGUUUCAGUGGAUCAGAAGAGGCAGACUGGUCUGUCCAUUAGUAGUUGAAGAGCUUCAUCUUGUUCCUCAGACAGUCCAGCCAUCAGACAGAUUAAUGUUGGAGUUUGUCAGUAGUUUAUCUUCUCUGCUCAGAUACUGGACAGUCAGACUCUUAGACCUGACUGAGUCCUGCAUCUCUGCUCAGUGUCUCAUGUCUCUGCUGCUUCAUGAUGGUCCUCUAACACUCAAACUGAGUGAAGAGAUUCUCCAGCAGCUUCUGACCCUCGUCCUUGAAGUCCAGGACCAACACUUGACGUUGUCCUUGCUGAGUAAAGUUGGAGGAGACCUGAGCUGCUGUCGUGUGGACUGGGAGCUUCUUCACUACCUGCUACAGUCGUCAGAUCAGAUCAUCACCGUGAACCUGAGGAAGAACCGGUUCCUGCAGGAGAACACUACUCGUCUGCUUCCCUUCCUGGACAGGAUGGUGCUGAGAAGGCCCAGUCCCAGCUUUGUGAUGACCUCCAUCAGAGAACUGUUCAGAGCUCAGGCCGGUCUCUCUGUACCAGGUUUACUGAGGUCUUUGGAUCAUGUGAUCAGUCUGAGCUGUAGAGAGCUGGACUCAGUGGACUGUGCUGCUCUGCUCUUCGUCCUCAAACACAGUGACAGAGUGAAGCUGAAGCUGCUGUGGAUGUCGAUACCAACAGAGGGACUACAGUCCAUCCUCUCUGCACUGGACAGAGUCUCUCAGCUCAGUGUCGACAGGAAUCAGCUGCUGAGGUUCGUCCACUGCUGUGCUGCUUCUGACGACCAGCAGGGGGCGUCGUCAGGUCUCCUGAGGACUCUGCAGCACAGCUUGGACCUGUCCUGCUCCUCCUGUGUGGAGACACCAGAGGACGGUCAGACUGAGUCUCUGAGUCUGACUGGGGACGAUUGCAGGGUCGUCUCCACCGUCCUGAGACACAGCAGCAUGGACACACAGCUGGACCUGAGACACUGUGAGGUGGAGGACAGUGGACUGGAGCUGCUGUUUCCUGUCCUCAACAGGGUCCACCUGAGAGUCAGUCAAACCGUCCUCCUCCAGCUGGUGUCCCUGGUCCCUGUCCACAGUGAGGAGGACACGGUGAGACGGGCCGUGUCCCUGUGUGGAGCCCUGGGUGGAGAGCUGGAUCUGAGUCACCGUAGACUGGACCAGAGGACCUGUGGGGCUUUGGUCCAGAUGCUGGAGUUCAGUGAAGGUCUGACAGAGCUGGACCUCAGUCACUGUCAGCUCACUGACCAGCUGCUGCUCCCACUCAGCUCACAGCUGCACAAAGUCCAGGUCCUGGAUCUGAGUCACAACCAGAUCACUGAUGCUUCCACUGACCUGUUACUGCAGCUGCCCUCCAUCCACACUGUGCGACUCUUCAGCAACAACAUCAAGGACACGACCCCCUUCAGGAAAGACCGGCACUUUGAAAUAUGGUGAAGCAGCUGUAACCAGUCAGUAACAUGACCACCAGUCAGUAACAUGUCCACCAGUCAGUAACAUGACCACCAGUCAGUAACAUGUCCACCAGUCAGUGACAUGACCACCAGUCAGUAACAUGUCAACCAGUCAGAAACAUGUCAACCAGUCAGUAACAUGUCAACCAGUCAGAAACAUGUCAAGCAGUCAGUAACAUGUCCACCAGUCAGUGAAUCAUUGCUGUCUUGUUGUCAUGUGUUGGUGUUUGGUUUAAAUGUUGGUUAGUUAGUAGUUAACUAGUUCAGACUCUGGUUGCUCCGUUAGGGCUUCAUGGUUUGUACAUGAUGAAUCCAGGCAACAAAGAGCAGCCGUGUUUUAUUCUUUGAUGGAGGAGCUCAUAUUUCUAACUGGUACCAUGUGAUGAUGUUUUCUAUGUGACCUGGUUUAAGGCUGUUUCCACUGUGUCAGUGUCGUCAUUCAGUCUCAUUUAUUUAUUAGUUUAGUGUUAACUCUGUUUACUGUGGGUUCAGUCCAGACAGAGCAGUGACUCUAUAAUGACGUUAAACUGGACAAUCAGAGGAAACCUGCUGCUCUGAUCACUUUAAGAGAGAUGAUCAAAUGUGAACGUUUGUGUUUCAUUAACGUUCAUCUUCUCUGAUUCUUUCUCCUCUUUAAAUGACAACGUUACAUUUUCCUCAUUUCAAUACCUCACAUGUAGAAAUAAUGAGUCUUCUAACUAAGUGACUGUUCAGCUGCAGAAUGAACUCAGUGAAUAAUCAAUAAAGAGGGAGAAUGUUAAUUAACAGCAGUCAGGACACGUUCAGACUCUCAUACCAGGAGAAAAGAGUUAUAAAUGUAAUUAUGGACUCUAUGUGAACAUACGCUGAGGGUUGGACUGCAACAAAAACCCAGGAAGUGAUUUUAAAUGAUUAAAAUCAGUGCCUUCUUAUAUUUUAUGUUUUCCUAGAAUUAAAACAAAAACAUUUUCACUUGUUUCUGAGAGAAAUGGAUGUUCAGCAUGUUGGUGUUGAAGCAUCUUUUUAAUAGACGAUCUUUGACAGUGAAGCACCGUGAGGUUGAACAGGUGCAUUGUGGGAUACAAUCAGUCUCCUAUGUUGAUGUGUUUAUGACUAUUAAUACAUAUUGGUUUGACUUUUAAUUUCACAUUUUGAUUUUGUUCUAACAAUUCUAUUCUUUAUUAUGUUUGGAACAUUGUUAUAUGGAUCUGAUCCGUUGAACGUUCUGUGAAUGUUCUGUGUUCAUAUGUUCCUCCGUGAUGAGAAUUAAAAGAGAUCUUUGUCAUCCUUA